UACAACAUUCGUUUCGCUGUGCGUGUGUUUGACUGAACUGCCUCGUAUGUUGAUCCCGAUUGCCUUCUGGAGAACCUGACAUUGGAAAAUUAGAAGGAUAGACCUCCCGACAGAUCAUAGCAAGGUGACAUUGUUGUGAUCAGCCUACCUGUGUUUGAGCUCUAAGAUUGGACCACGAAGAUGACCCAGCCUCGGCCGGACGAGUUCAAGCCACCUCCGGAGUGCCCAGUCUUCGAACCAAGCUGGGAGGAAUUUGCCGAUCCUUUUGCUUUUAUAAAUAAGAUCCGUCCAAUUGCGGAAAAAACUGGCAUUUGUAAGGUCCGCCCGCCUCCGGGCUGGCAGCCACCAUUUGCAUGUAAUGUUGACAGACUGCACUUCACUCCUCGGAUACAGAGGCUCAAUGAACUGGAGGCACAGACCAGGGUCAAGCUUAACUUCUUGGACAAGAUUGCAAAGUUCUGGGAGUUGCAGGGGUGUUCUCUGAAGAUUCCUCAUGUGGAAAGGAAGAUAUUGGACCUUUAUCAACUCAACAAGAAUGUUGCAGAUGAGGGUGGAUUUGAUAUUGUGUGUCGCGACAGACGAUGGACGGCGAUUGCACUUAAGAUGGGCUUUGCUCCUGGCAAGGCUGUGGGCUCUCACCUACGGUCGCACUAUGAGAGAAUCCUCUACCCCUACAACCUCUUCCAGAGUGGAGCUAACCUCCUGGCACCAGAGCUUGCUUCCAAGCUGAUGCGUUUAGUGUCUGCCCCUGAACUUGACACGUUUGUCCAGAAGCCAACCCUGCCACUUGACACAAGUGACAAGGAGUACAAACCCCAUGACCUGGCCGAGAGGCAGCAGUUUGUCCAGCCAGCCGAGUCCUGCUGCAACAGCGCCCGCAGAGCAAAGCGGAUGAGAGCUGAGGUGGAUGCUCUUGUCGAACAGAGCCUCACACACUUGUCAGAAGAACUCCUCAUAAACCCAUCCGGUUGUGUGAAGAUCGAACCAGGAACUAAACCCUGUGAGAACAGACCAAAUCUGAGGAGGAGGAUGGGCUCCUUUGUUGCCAAGCCCGAGCCAGAAAAAGAAAUUCCCAUUCUAGUGAAACAGGAACCCAUUGAGCCGGUGAGCGAGGCAGAUGAAAACAAGUCUCGAUAUAAGAAAAAACCCAGUCUUGAUGUCCCACCUCCUGCAGUGAAUGUAGUGGACCUGUAUAUUUGUCUGGUGUGUGGCAGCGGGAGUGACGAGGAUCGUCUUCUGUUGUGUGAUGGCUGUGACGACAGUUACCACACCUUCUGUCUCAUACCCCCUCUAAACGACGUCCCCAAAGGAGACUGGAGGUGCCCCAAGUGCCUGGCUCAAGAGUGCAGCAAACCUCAGGAGGCAUUUGGUUUUGAGCAGGCAUACAGGGACUACUCUUUGCGGGCUUUUGGUGAAAUGGCAGACUCCUUCAAAUCUGAUUACUUCAACAUGCCAGUUCAUAUGGUUCCCACAGAGUUGGUGGAAAAAGAGUUCUGGCGCUUGGUGAGCACCAUCGAGGAGGACGUCACAGUGGAGUAUGGAGCGGAUAUAGCCUCCAAGGAGUUUGGGAGCGGAUUCCCCAUCAGGAAUGGAAGAUUUAAGGUUUCAGAAAAGGAUGAGAUGUACCUGAAGUGUGGCUGGAACCUGAACAACAUGGCGAUGAUGGACCCGUCAGUGUUGACUCAUGUCACAGCAGACAUCUGUGGGAUGACUCUACCUUGGCUCUAUGUAGGCAUGUGCUUUUCCUCCUUCUGCUGGCACAUCGAGGACCACUGGAGCUACUCCAUCAACUACCUGCACUGGGGGGAGCCGAAGACGUGGUAUGGAGCACCUGGCUUUGCUGCAGAACAGCUUGAGGCUGUGAUGAAGAAACUGGCUCCAGAGCUGUUUCAGAUUCAGCCUGACCUCCUCCACCAGCUGGUCACCAUCAUGAACCCCAACACCCUCAUGUCUCACGGGGUCCCUAUUUACAGAACAAAUCAGUGUGCUGGUGAGUUUGUCAUCACCUUCCCCAGAGCUUAUCACAGUGGUUUCAACCAGGGUUUCAACUUCGCUGAAGCUGUAAACUUCUGCACUGUGGACUGGAUGGCAUUAGGCCGCCAGUGCGUUGACCACUACAGACUGCUGCAUCGGUACUGUGUUUUCUCGCACGACGAGAUGAUCUGCCAGAUGGCCUCCAAGGCCAACAGUCUGGACGUGGUCCUGGCGUCGGCUGUCCAGAAAGAUAUGAAGGAUAUGAUCAGAGAGGAGCAGGACCUACGAGAUAAAGUCCGCAAGAUGGGGGUGAAGCAUUGUGAGCAGGCGGAAUACAAUCUCCUGCAGGAUGACGAGCGGCAGUGUGCCAAGUGUAGGACCACAUGUUACCUGUCUGCCAUCACCUGCCCCUGCAGCCCUGGCCGGCUGGUCUGUCUCCACCACAUCCAGGACCUCUGCUCCUGCCCCCUCACCAACUACACACUGAAUUAUAGAUUUACACUGGAUGAUCUGUACCCCAUGAUGAACGCGGUGAAGCAGCGAGCUGAGUUCUAUGAUGAGUGGGCCUCCCACGUGACAGAGACUCUGGAGGCUAAACUGGACAAGAAAAAAAGCUUGUCAGUCUUCCGCUCCCUCAUCAAUAAAUCAGAGUUGAAGAUGUUCCCUGACAACGACCUCCUGCGUCAGCUCCGUUUAGUCACACAGGAUGCAGAGAAAUGCUCCUCAGUUGCCCAGCAGCUACUCAACGGCAAAAGGCAGACCAGGUAUCGCUGUGGUGGAGGGAAGACACAGAGCCAGCUGACUGUGGAGGAGCUGAGGUCAUUUGUCAGGCAACUGUACAACCUCCCAUGCAGCCUUCCCCAAGCCCCCAAAUUAAAGGAGCUCUUGAAUUGCAUCGAAGACUUCCAGCAACACAGUGAGAAGCUCCUGGCAGACGAGACCACCGGCACAGCAGAGAUCCAGAGUCUUCUAGACGUUAGCUUUGACUUUGACGUGGAGCUGCCUGAACUUCCAUUACUACGGGAGAGGCUGGCACAAGCCCGCUGGCUAGAGGGGGUGCAGCAGGCCAGCACCCAGCGCUCCACCCUGACCCUGGAGACCAUGCGGAGGCUGAUAGACCAGGGCGUGGGUCUGACCCCUCACCCCUCUGCGGAGAAGGCCAUGGCUCGCCUGCAGGAGCUGCUAACUGUGUCUGAACACUGGGAGGACAAGACCAGCAGCCUCCUCAAGGCCAGUUGCCUAUAUGUGAAGCUACUUAGACUAAAUGAUCCAUCAGUGGUCAGAGGAAAACGUUGCAUGGUUCACAACCAUCACAGCAGUUAUGUCUGCUUACAUCAGAAUUAUCAAAGGCCCCCCCUCUCUAUGGAAGCCCUCUCCGAAACAGCUGAGAAGGUGGCUGGUAUCCCUGCUUACCUCCCCAAUUGUCUGAUGCUGAAGGACUCCAUCAGUAGGGCCAGAGAGUGGCUUCAGGAAGCUGAGGCACUUCAGGAUGAAGAUUCCAUUCCAUUGUUUUACAACCUCUCUGAUAUGGUUAUCCGAGGACAAGACAUCCCAGUCCAGCUUGGCCCUCUAAAGCAGCUGGAGUCCCUGGUGGCAGAGGUGCAGGCCUGGAAAGAGUCUGCAGCUAAAACUUUCCUCAUGAAAAACUCUCACUUCACUCUGCUUGAGGUUCUGUGUCCAAGAUGUGAAGUUGAAGCAGGUUCUCCGAAAAGGAAGUCCAAAAAAGCUAAAGACAUCACUCAGCACAGCAAGAAGAAGAUGGUGAAGCUUGACUGUCUCAGUGAUGUGGAAAAAGCCCUCUCAGAGACCAAGGACUCUGCUUCUGCUCUGGCAACUCUCGGGGAGGUGCGGUUACAGGAGAUGGGGGCCCUCUCCUCCCUCCGGGCAGCUAACGAGUCCAAGCUCCUUCCCACGGCAGACUGCAUGGGCCUGAAGGUGUGUGUGUGUCAGAAUCCCCCCAUGGGAGCCAUGUUACAGUGUGAGCUCUGCCGGGACGCCUUCCACAGCGUGUGUGUGAGGGCUUCCUCAGACUCCCGUUCAGCCCAGGCCUGGCUGUGCCCGCACUGCCGACGCUCUGAGAAGCCCUCCCUGGACAAGGUCCUGCCCUUGCUGGCAUCGCUGCAGCGUAUCCAGGUGCGUCUGCCGGAAGGCGAUGCACUUCACUAUUUGGUUGAGAGAACAGUCAGCUGGCAACAGCGUGCGCGACAGGUCUCUUCCUCCUGUGGACUACCAGACCUGGAGGAGAGCUUUGCAACUCCACCAUCUCCGGAUGGAAAGCUAACAUGUUUAACUCCAGAGUGGAACAGGACAACUCAUGAUCAGAUGGUCUUCUACACCGAGCAAAGAUGCAUUCCUCUGCAGGAUCUUAGUGUGGAGCUGGAGGAGUUGAUGGUGGAAGGGCUCCUGCUGCAGGUGUCUCUUCCAGAGAUCACACAGCUAUACCAUGUGUUACUGAACGGGCUGAGAACGCAUCAUACCAACGAACGCACAUCACUGCAAGAUGACGACCCUUCAGACUGUGACAAACUCAAGCAGUGCAACUCUCAGGGAAAAAGCUUUCCACAAAAGGAUGGGUUGAUAAAGGAAGGAGUGAACGGAGCAGAGAAGAAGGCUAAGCGACGCCUGGAGAGGGAGGCUGUAGAGCCAGAGCGCAGGGACAAGGCCAAGAAGCUCCAGAACAAGAGACAGAAAAUGAACAAAGAGAAGAAUCUGGAACGCAAGGCGGCGUCGACCUCCUCGUCUCACUCCGACUUCUCCCAGUCAGAUGACUCUGAAGAGGAGAUGUGUCCAGCAGAGGGAUGCCAGCAACCUGAAGGAGAUGAGGUCGACUGGGUCCAGUGUGAUGGCAGCUGUAACCAGUGGUUCCACCAAGUCUGUGUGGGUGUGACAGCCGAGCUGGCUGAGAAAGAAGACUAUGUGUGUGACAACUGCACAAUAAGCGAUGGUCGCUGAGGAAAUGAGGAGAGACUGGAUGGGGAGUUUACUCCGUUAGCAACUCAGUCACACAAGUCAGGAUGUGUCACAGACCCUGCCCUCAUACCCCGCCCACCCCAACCCUUCUUGUCCCCAUCCCCUUUGUAACAACGGUGCUAUCUGCUCUUUAUUGGGUUGUUGUCCAGAACUAUACUGCUUGGUUACUUUUUUGUAUUUUACCUAUUUUUCUUUCCUCCUCUGUUGGUGGUUGUGACAGAAUGUGGAUCAGUGUGCUGCAUGGGUUUCCAUUGCAUUGGGUGGUGCAAAGGAGUCAAACAAUAAGUUACCCUGUAAAGAUCAAAGGGGGUGUGGUAUAUGGCCAAUAUACAAUGGCUAAGGGCUGUUCUUACGCAUGAUGCAAUGUGGAGUGCCUGUAU